CGAAAGAUCCUAAUUUGAUCAUAUAGAAGGAGGGCCCAGAUUGAACAUAGGGCUGGCAAAUAAUCGUCACUGCCGAUUGACCAAACUUUUAUUCUCUCCGCUUUCAACAAUCGCCGCAGAAAUGGAGUCUCCGUUCAACUCUAACGUCCUCAGAGGCAAGGUAGCUCUGCUCACCGGCGGCGGCUCCGGUAUCGGCUUCGAGAUCUCCACCCAGUUCGGCAAGCACGGCGCCUCCGUCGCCAUCAUGGGCCGCCGCAGGAAUGUCCUCGACGGCGCCGUUUCUGCCCUCACCGCCCUCGGCAUCCCCGCGAUUGGAUUUGAAGGGGAUGUGAGGAAAUUGGAAGAUGCGAAGAGAGUGGUGGAGGCAACGGUAGGGCAUUUUGGGAGGCUUGAUAUCUUGGUCAAUGCUGCUGCUGGAAAUUUUCUAGCUGCAGCUGAAGAUCUCUCUCCCAAUGGCUUUAAAACAGUUAUGGAUAUUGAUACUGUUGGGACAUUCACAAUGUGUCACGAAGCACUCAAGUAUCUCAAGAAAGACGGGCAUGGGAAGGCCGUGCCUACUGGAGGCGUGAUUUUGAACAUCAGCGCCACUCUGCACUACACGGCAUCCUGGUAUCAGAUCCAUGUGUCUGCAGCCAAGGCUGGUGUUGAUGCAUUGACGAGAAAUUUGGCACUGGAAUGGGGCACCGAUUAUGAUAUAAGGGUUAAUGGGAUUGCACCGGGUCCUAUAGGAGAUACGGCUGGCAUGAGUAAACUUCAGCCUGAUGAAAUUACUUACAAUGCAAGGGAAUCUACGCCUCUCUACAAACUUGGAGAGAAAUGGGAUAUUGCCAUGGCUGCUGUCUACCUUGCCUCAGAUGCUGGUAAAUACAUCAAUGGGAGCAUUCUGCCUGUAGAUGGAGGAUUGUGGUUGAGCAGGCCUCGUUAUCUGGCUAAAGAUGACGUGAAGAAGGUUUCUCGAUCUGUGGAGAAAAGAUCUCGUGCUGCCCCAACUGGCCUCCCAACGAGCAAGCUGUAGCUCAAGUCCUCAUACAUUGCAUAAGUUAUGUGCUUAAAUUAUAUCAUAUCAAUUGUCAAAUUCCACAUGUUAGAUUAACAACUUCAUCUGCUUAUAUUAAAAGAGAGGAUUGCAUUAUCA